AUGUCAAGAAGAGGCUUACGAGAUGAAGAAAUCGAACGAUUAUUGUGUGAAAUUCCAUCAGACGAGGAUUCCACUGUUGACACCACAGAUGACGAAUCUGAUUAUGAAGCAAGCAUUGUUGCGGAGGCUAUUGUGUCGUCUGAAGGCGAAGUUUCAGAGAGCGAGGAAGAAAGUGAGUCCACUCCGCCAAAACGCGCUGCUGACACAGCGCCAACUUGGGGACAACAAUUCAAUGCUACCUCAGGAAUGCAGUUCGACAGUGAAUCAGGACCAAGUGCUUUUAUUAGGGACAUUGAUGAUCCAGAACCUAUCGAUAUAUUCGAAAAAAUAUUUCCAAAAGAGCUAGUUCAGCUAAUCGUUUUCCAAACAAAUUUAUAUGCGACGCAAUCUGGCAAGUCUUUCACUCCAACAACUGACAAUGAAAUACGAACUUUCCUGGGAAUCAACAUUUUGAUGGGUAUAAAGCGUAUGCCAGCAUACAGAGACUACUGGUCUAGUGCCCCAGAACUUCAUGAUCGUUAUAUUGCAUCUCUGAUGGCAGUAAAUCGGUUUGGAUGGUUACUGAGGAACAUUCAUCUGAAUGAUAACACAUUGCAUCCAGAAAAAGGACACCCAGGUUAUGACAAACUGUACAAGCUGCGACCAGUGAUCAAGAUACUAUCUGAAUCUUUUUCCAAGUGUUACCAACCCAGCAAACACCUAGCAAUUGAUGAGUCAAUGAUCAAAUUCAAAGGCCGCAACAGUAUGAAACAAUACAUGAGAGAUAAACCCAUAAAGCGUGGUUACAAAGUGUGGAUGCUGUGUGACAAGACCUCUUACAACUUGAAAUUUGAUAUUUACACCGGAAAAGUAGGUGACACAGUGCAAACAGGCCUUGGGGAGCAUGUAGUGCUGAGUUUGUCCUCUGAACUCGUAAAUAAAGGCCAUUAUCUUUAUUUCGACAACUAUUUCAAUAGCUAUAACUUGUUGGCUGGUUUACAGCAGAGAAACAUAUAUGCCUGUGGGACAGUUCAACCAACAAGGAAACAUUUACCCAAAUUAAAAACAGACAAAGAAUUAAGCAGAGGUGAAUUUGACUGGAGGGUCAGCAACUGUGGCAUCCUCUACUUGAAGUGGAAAGAUAAGAGAGCUGUUCAUCUCCUUUCAAAUUUUCACAGUCCUGAAGUUACUACAGUGACUCGCCGUGAAAGAGAUGGUUCACGCAUAGAGCUACCUUGUCCUCAAGCAGUGAUGGAUUACAAUGCACACAUGAACAAUGUCGACAAGUUCGACCAACUGAAAAAAUCAUAUGAAAUAAGCCGGAGAAGGGGCGACGAGCUGGUUGCUGGGGCCUUCGGUUUUAUUCCCUGCUUGGGGCUUGAGAGACACUGCGGCGCCAGGACAACCCAGGGUCGCACGGCGGCUCUGGAGGGCUGCCGACACCAGUGA